AUGGCCUUGAGCGAGCUGGCACUGCUGCGCUGGCUGCAGGAGAGCCGUCACUCGCGGAAGCUCAUCCUCUUCAUCGUGUUCCUCGCGCUGCUGCUGGACAACAUGCUGCUCACCGUCGUGGUCCCCAUCAUCCCAAGUUACUUGUACAGCAUCGAGCAUGAGAAAGAUGCUAUAGAAAUCCAGACUGCCAAGCCAGGGCUCAAAGCCUCCACCUUCGGCGGCUUCCAGAACAUCUUCUCCCAUUAUGACAACUCCACCGUGGUCGCCGGCAAUAGCACCAGCAGCCUUCAGGGGGCGCUGCUGCAUGAGGCCACCACACAGAGCGCAGUGACUAACAGGUCCACUGCCCCUUCCGACUGUCCCAGUGAAGACAAAGACCUCCUGAAUGAGAACGUGCAGGUCGGCCUGUUGUUUGCCUCGAAAGCCACCGUCCAGCUCCUCACCAACCCAUUCAUAGGACUGUUGACCAACAGAAUCGGCUAUCCAAUUCCAAUGUUCACGGGAUUCUGCAUCAUGUUUAUCUCAACAGUUAUGUUCGCCUUCUCCCACAGUUACGCCUUCCUGCUGAUUGCCAGGUCCCUGCAGGGCAUCGGCUCCUCCUGCUCUUCUGUAGCUGGGAUGGGCAUGCUGGCCAGCGUGUACACAGAUGACGAGGAGAGGGGCAAUGCCAUGGGGAUUGCCCUGGGAGGCCUGGCCAUGGGCGUCUUAGUGGGCCCCCCCUUUGGGAGUGUGCUGUACGAGUUUGUGGGGAAGACAGCUCCGUUCCUGGUGCUGGCUGCCCUGGUGCUCUUGGAUGGAGCUAUUCAGCUCUUUGUGCUCCAGCCAUCCCGGGUGCAGCCGGAGAGCCAGAAGGGGACGCCGCUAACCACCCUGCUGAAGGACCCGUACAUCCUCAUCGCCGCAGGGUCCAUCUGCUUUGCCAACAUGGGGAUCGCCAUGCUGGAGCCAGCCCUGCCCAUCUGGAUGAUGGAGACCAUGUGUUCCCACAAGUGGCAGCUGGGCGUUGCUUUCUUACCAGCUAGUAUUUCUUAUCUCAUUGGAACCAAUAUUUUUGGGAUCCUUGCGCACAAGAUGGGGAGGUGGCUUUGUGCUCUUCUAGGAAUGAUAAUUGUCGGAAUCAGCAUUUUAUGUAUUCCUCUUGCAAAAAACAUUUAUGGACUCAUAGCUCCCAACUUUGGAGUUGGUUUUGCAAUUGGCAUGGUGGAUUCAUCAAUGAUGCCCAUCAUGGGCUACCUGGUUGACCUGCGGCAUGUGUCCGUCUAUGGGAGCGUGUAUGCCAUUGCCGAUGUAGCGUUUUGUAUGGGAUAUGCUAUAGGUCCUUCUGCUGGUGGGGCUAUCGCAAAGGCAAUUGGAUUUCCAUGGCUCAUGACAAUUAUUGGAAUAAUUGAUAUUCUUUUUGCUCCUCUCUGCUUUUUUCUCCGAAGUCCACCUGCCAAGGAAGAAAAAAUGGCUAUCCUCAUGGAUCACAACUGCCCCAUUAAAACAAAAAUGUAUACUCAGAAUAAUAUCCAGUCGUAUCCGAUAGGUGAGGAUGAAGAAUCUGAAAGUGACUGAGACCCUCAAAAGUCAUCCAAGUAUCUAAUUGUAUAAAACAGUGUUUCCAGUGAAAUGACUCAUCCAGAACUGUCUUAGUGAUACCACUCAUCCCUGGUGAAAGAGUAAAACCACCAAAGGUUUUCUUUUCCAUGGUUAUGAUCGAUUGCCAACAGCCUUAUAAAGAAAAAGCUUUUCUAGGGGUUUGUAUAAAUAGUGUUGAAAACUUUAUUUUAUUUAUUUGAUUUUAUUAAAUAUUAUACAAUAUAUUUUGACGAAAUAGUGUAAAUCUAUAAAUAUUUGAAUCCAAAUCCAAUAUAAUUUUUUAACUUACAUUCACGAACACCUGGGCAAAAAAGUCUUAUCUAUUUUCUGAAUAUUGGUAAUGAGUGUUUAAAGCACGCUUUAUCUCCGAGACACUUCCAAUAAUGAGGAACUAGAAGGAAGUCUGAAAAACAGAAUCAAGUAAGACGGCAUAUAGUAUAUAGUGACACUGAAUGUUGAGUUACUGAACUUGUAAUUACAGUUGACCUUGAACAACACAGGGUUUGGGGGUGCCGACAACCCUUGCAAUCGAAAACCUGCGUACAACUUUACAGUCAGCCCUCUGUAUCCAUGGUUUCACAUCUCUGGAUUCAAUCAACCACAGACCAUGUAGUACUGCAGUCUGUAUUUAUUGAAAAAAUUCUGCAUAUAAAUGGACCCGUGCAGUUCAAACCGUGUUGUUCAAGGGUCAACCGUACUGUCAAUAUAUUCAUGAGUUAAAAGCUAGUUUUCUCAGAUGCAGAAGACAAGAACUUGAGCCAGUCGUCUUUCGGAUUUAUCCAUGAAUCUCAGCGGGCAUUAGUUUUCUAUGUAAUCACCUACCUGGAAACAGACGGUUGUAAAUUAUGUUUACGUGUCAUGUGGUUGGCAGCAAACAUUAAAGCCAAUAAGGGUAAAAUAGUAAAUGUUCUGAAAGCAGAGAAAAGCACCCAAACGUAUAAACAACUAGAAACUUUCCCUUUCAGAUAUAUACUUGUCUUACCGGAUGACGGAAAAUUGAGGAUAGGUAUACCUUAUACUGUCAGGGUUGUUUAAGCAUGAUGAGAUAUAUCAACACCUAGCUCAGGUUUUAGAAAAGAAAUUUAAAAGGCUAAUAGCUGCUGUGAUG